CAUCGACUUCAGAAAUCGCAGCCGAGCCGUCCGCCGUCUGCGCCGCCGCUCGUCUCUCCGUCACAACAUGGGCAAUAUCUUCUCUCCAGUCGACAGCAUCAAUUACAACUUUGUCUCGGGGGUGUAUGGCUUGUGUACGGUCAUCUUUCUCGGGCUCCUCGUGAUCCAACGCUACACCGACGCCGUCGAGGGGUUCUACAUUGUGUUUGCACCGUUUGUUCCGUGCUUGCUGUGGAGCCUCGUCGUGCGCCGCAACUGGCUGGCCAAAGAAGCGCUCGCCGUGGAGUCCAAGAAGACAGAGUAGGAACCACCAUGUUUGUUCAUGAAUGGAAUUUUUAGAAGAAGUUCCGUGACGUGAACCGAGGCAACUUGCGCGUCUUUUGCCGCUUUUGAUUCACAAACUGCAUCGCUUGCCGACGACGAUACGCCGACUGAAUGCGCAGGACAC